AUGGCCGAAUUCGUGCGCGCCCAGAUCUUUGGCACCACCUUCGAGAUCACCAGCCGGUAUACGGAUCUCCAGCCGGUUGGAAUGGGUGCAUUUGGCCUGGUCUGCUCGGCGAGAGACCAAUUGACAGGGCAGCCGGUCGCCGUCAAGAAGAUCAUGAAGCCCUUUAGCACCCCGGUGCUCUCCAAGAGAACCUACCGCGAGCUGAAGCUGCUCAAGCAUCUGCGACAUGAAAACAUCAUUAGCCUCAGUGAUAUCUUCAUCUCCCCCCUAGAGGACCUCUAUUUCGUGACCGAACUUCUGGGGACCGAUCUCCACCGCCUACUGACUUCCAGGCCGCUGGAGAAACAGUUCAUUCAGUACUUCCUGUACCAAAUCCUGCGUGGGUUGAAAUACGUUCAUUCGGCCGGUGUGGUCCACCGAGACCUGAAACCCAGCAACAUCCUUAUUAAUGAAAACUGCGAUCUCAAAAUUUGCGAUUUUGGCCUUGCCCGCAUCCAGGACCCACAGAUGACCGGUUACGUCUCAACCCGGUACUAUCGGGCUCCCGAGAUCAUGCUCACCUGGCAGAAGUACGACGUGGAGGUGGACAUCUGGAGUGCGGGCUGCAUUUUUGCGGAAAUGUUGGAAGGAAAGCCGCUGUUCCCCGGCAAGGACCACGUGAAUCAGUUCUCGAUCAUCACGGAGCUUCUGGGUACUCCUCCGGAUGAUGUGAUCGGAACCAUCUGCAGCGAAAACACUCUCCGAUUUGUCAAGUCGUUACCAAAGCGUGAACGCCAGCCCCUCGCAAUGAAGUUCAAGAACGCGGAUUCCGAUGCCGUGGACAUGCUCGAGCGUAUGCUGGUUUUCGACCCGAAGAAGCGCAUCCGGGCCGAGGACGCACUAGCCCACGCCUACCUGGCACCGUACCACGAUCCGACAGACGAGCCGGUCGCCCAGGAGAAGUUCGACUGGUCGUUCAAUGACGCGGAUCUGCCUGUUGACACCUGGAAGAUCAUGAUGUACUCGGAGAUCCUCGACUUCCACAACAUCGAUCAAAACUCGGAGGCAGGCCAAAUCCUGCCCCGAUCAACCAUAUCGGGUGUGUUGGUGUCGAUCGAGAGUGCGAAUUUGUUACACUCUGGGGCAUCAGAUCAUCUCCUAACUACCACUACCUACCCUUCCCUCCCUGUACUCUUCCUCGCAUACCCCGAACCCCGUUUACCUUAUCGACCCCGACCUGGUCUCGUCCCACGUCAUCUCCCUCUCGACCUCGUGUCGCUCGUCGAGAUGGGCGCCCCGCACCGACAGGACCCGAUUGUCCUGGUGAUUGACUUUCACCAUGCGAGGGGUCCGGAAAUCGAAUUCACCGUCGGCGACGAGGGGACAGACCCCGCGGCAGAGAACGACUGGUCUCUGCUGCCAUUCAUGGCCUUGUCGGAUGGAGCACACCUGUCGACCGAGGAAUUCUCCUAUUUCACCCUCUGCCGAAAGGAAUCCUCCACAGCCCCCGCCACGUCCCUGUUCGGUAUCGCCUGCUCCCGCCAGAUAGACUCCAAUCGCCUGAUCAAUCGCUCGCCGGAUGUGACGAGGUCAACGGUGCAGAAAGCUGUGGUGGUAGUGACAGAUAGUCCGCAAAGCGUGGGACAGCUGCGGGAGAAGCUCUCGGUGGUGACCUCGGCUUGGUUUGCACAACGGGAUUUCUCGGAUAUUGAAAUCUUGAAGAAAUUCCGGGAGGGUCUCCGAUUGAGUUUGCUGAAUGAUGAUGGCGCGAAAGAUCAGACCUUGGGUAAGAUGCCCGAAGGAAUUACGCGGGUUAAGCUGAUCGACAACCCAGGUCUAUCUCUCCGGGAGAUGAUUCGUGAAUUCAAACACCAGACCCUCGUUCUCUUCAAGGGACUAUUACUGCAGCCCAAAAUGCUCUUCUUCGGCUCUCGCUGCGAGCGCCUGUGCAUGAUCCAGUUCUCAUUAAUCUCUCUAAUACCAGGCCUCAUACACAGCCUCCAGGACUGCGCAGACCCGGCAUUCGACAACUAUGCGCAGACUGUGGAGAAGCCAACAUCGCUCAAAACAAGUGACCGAGCUUCUCUGUUGGCCUACAUGGGCCUACCAUUACAGAUAUUCGGAAAGGGGAGCAUGUUUGGACCGUAUACACCUCUUCAGCAGCUAGAUCUGCUGGCGGAUGACGGAACAAAGUCGUACGUGGUGGGAUCGACAAACUCGCUUCUUCUACAACAAAAGGACCGAUACAGCGACAUCUUGAUCAACCUCGAUGAGGACACCAUCACCAUUCCGUCAAUUCCGCUUCGAACCGCUCUGGCUCUGUCUGUAGCUGACCGGCGCUGGAUCGACCUUUUGACCCAAAUCGUCAAUGAAACCUGGGAUGAGGCUCACCCGAAUCAACCCAAAACCCAUGGAUUCAUGGGGUCGGAAGAGUUCAUUCGACUUCAGUUUGAAGAGUACCUUUUGGCAUUGCUCUCUUCCAUGAAAUAUCACGAAGAGCUCUCAUCCACGUCAGGGGAUUCUGCCAACCGAGGCCGAGCGCAGCUACAGAACUUCAACAUCGAAGGAGAUCCCGCGCUCGACUUCAAUCCGGAUUUCCUGGCCCAGUGGCAGAAAACCGCCAACUACGCCCUAUUCACGCGCCUCACCUCUGACGCGCUCUUAUUCUCCAUCACCGAGCCGAAGCACCCUAGUGCGGGCGGGCUGACGGUGGACGACAUCCAGCGCCGAUUAUCACAGCAAGUAGCCGAUCUUCAUCUGGAUGAGCGGGUGCGCGAGGGCCGGGAGGCGCUCAAUCGCCACCUUUCAACGGGACAGAAGAGAGUGAGCGCCGCGUUCAACAGUUUCUGGUCGGAUAUCGAAUCUAUGCGCGAAGCCCAGAAGAAACGGAACGAGGAAAAAUCCUCACCAUCGCAGCGCUCCUCCACUGACAAAGGUGGCCCAGGGUCCCCAUCAUCCGAUUCCAAUACCGACACCUCUGCAGGAUGGUUCGCCGGCCGGCGAGCAGGCUCCAUCGACGUCUCUCAAGCCCAAGCCUCCGUAAACGCAGCCGGCCAGAGAGCAGGCUCAUAUCUCAGUUCCUGGGGUUCCUGGGCUAGCGAGAAACGCCGCGAAUGGCAAGACAAACGCAGCGCCUCGCCUAGCGGCAGUGGCGGGGGCAUGACCACAUCCCCAUCCGCACCGACUUUGGCCGUGGUGACCGAGGCCGUCGAGUCGGACCGCGGCCGCCGGCGCUCCAUGCACCGACAAAGCGAGGACUCCGACGGUCUGAACCGCAGUCUCAGUCGUCGCAAGCGAUGGAGCAAUAUCCUCCUCCGUCGUGACAGCGGCGAGUUCGCGACGCAGAAACGUGACGAGAGUCUCGGGCCGGAUCCGUCGGGCCUUGAUCAGCCGUAUCCGAAAUCGCCUCUUUCGAGGGGCUUCCCGGCGUACGAGACUGAGAGCGAAGACAGAACGAAAGAUGUGGAGCCAGAAUCACAGCCCGUGGACGAAGAUGGCUUCUCGGCUGUCCCUCUCUCUUCCAAUGAAGGCCUAGGAGUUGACUUGAAGAAAGAUGAGGGUGUGACCCAGGAGGAGCCGGGCACACUACACAUCGCCGAGUCUACUCCUGAGAACUUUACGGAGAACGGAUCCCCGAAUCCCAAGUAA